UAUAUCUAUCGAGUUCUGCGAGAUCUGCAAACCCAACCUCCUCUCCCACCCUCUCCUUUGCCAGACAGCAAAAACCCACGACCAAGCUCCGCCAGAAAACCCCCCCCAACAAAACCCAGAAUCCCAUCGCACCAUUUAUAGGUCUCUCACUUCCAAACCCAAUCGAAUCUGUCUGCCCGCAGAGAUUGUAUUUAUCGUUCGAAGACAUGGUCAGGAUCCGCAAGAACUUGAAGGUGUCGCCGCUCCAGUUCUUCCCCAACGUAGCUCCUGAGGACCUGCAGCCCCACAUCUGCAAGCUGAACCAGUCUCCUUGGGAUUCGAGCCCCUGCCCUUUCGACCUCCUCCUCGACUCGUCGCCGCUCCAGUUCGAAGCUGGGGAGGGUUUUAUCGGAAAUGGGAGCUUGGGGGAUUCUAUUGCAGCUGUCGAGAGCGUUGCGUCGCCGAUGGAUAUCGACAAGGCAGAAAUGGCGAUCGGCGAUGUGUUGGAUGACGUCGACAGAGCAAUUGUGAGGUGUCAGAAGAACGACGGCAGGAGCUGGCAAUGCAAGAAGGAAGCGAAAGAAGGCUUCUUAUUUUGUGACCAUCAUAUCCGAAGGUCGUCCUAUGGUAACAACAACGUUACUAGCAAUGGCAAUAUUCUUCCCUCCAACUUCGUGGCUUCGAAGAAGGACACGGCGGCGGCCCCGGCCAAGACGCUGGCCGGAACCCGCCGUGCCAGACCCAAGGCGGUGAAGAAGGGGGCGUCGUCGGCGAACCCGUAUGAGUUCUACUACUAUUCGGGGUUCGGCCCAAAAUGGGGCCGAAAGAGAGGCAAGAAAGGCGAGGUGGUGGUGGAGGAGGAGGAGGAGGCCAAUAAUACUGAGUCAGCAGCUGGAAAGGUUGCAACUUCUUGUAGUACUAGUAGUGCUAACACCGAUCCCCAACCUUCUUCACCUCACAACGUUGGUAAUGGGGAUCAAUUGGACUACAUGGAAGACGACUUCGACGACGAGGAUGGGAGCGACGAAGAAGGCGGCCCGAGGAGGAUGAGGAGGCCGGUGAAGGCUCGAUCCUUGAUGUCCAUAAUUAAUGUAAAAGCUCAAGAAUAACAAUGUGUCAAGAUUGCUAAUGUUGUUUUAUCUGUCUGUUGGGUGUUAGGGUUAACAUCUCGGGUGAAAUUUUGUUGUACACAGAGUCGUGUUUUGUGGAGGGUGAGGCUAGUGGCUCCCCUCCUGAAUCACGACAGAGUUAGAGAGCUUUGUUAGCGUGUGAGUGUGAGUCGGAUAGUGUUUGUGUGGGUUCAAGAUUAAUUAAUGCAAGGGCAAUGUUGUAA